AUGUCUCGUCUGACCCAAGACCGUGUUCAGCAGUUGUACCAGGAGUAUGGUGAUCUGAAGGUGCUGGACGACAUCAUCCGCCACCGAGCCAAUGACGAGCUCCAGGCGCCCAUCCUGGGCUACCCUAAAUACUCUGACCGGAUUGACGAGUAUGAAGGCUUCACAGGCAAGCAGCUCGACUGCUUCGUUGAUGGAGCUGUGAAGAAAUACAUAUCACUCGGCCUUGAGUCUGGCGGCCGUGGCCCAGUUGGACUGCUCGCCCCAUCGAAUGUCGACUACGUUGUGUCUGUGUUUGCCCUCAGCCGACUUGGCUACACGCCGCUGUGUCUAUCGUUACGGAUCCCACCACCAGCUAUCCUGAACCUCCUUAAGCAGACAGGAUGCACUGUCUUGGUACAUGGCGCUGCCACCGCCAUCACGGACAAGGUCGCAGCGGUUGCCUCUGACUAUGCCGUCAAAAGUCUCCCCAUCCCGACCCGAGAGGACUACGACUCAGGGAGCAUCAGUUCCGGUCCUCGGUUCGAGAGAAGCUUCGACCGUGAGGAGGAAAACACACGGCCAGCCUUGAUCAUGCACUCGUCCGGAAGCACGGGACUGCCCAAGCCCGUGACGGUGAGCCACCGAGCACUCCUGACGCACGCGCUCCAGGGCGCUGGAAUGCACAACUUCAACCCACUGCCGUGGUACCACCUGUACGGCGUCUCAACAUGCCUGCAGGCCAUGUACCGGGCCAAGACGGCCAACAUGUACAGCGCGACCAUGCCGCUGACGACCGAGAACCUCGUCCUGGCCGUCCGCCAGCUCCGCCCGGACGCCAUCCACGUGGUGCCGUAUGUGUUGGGCCUGCUGGCCGAGACGCCCGAGGGCGUGGCUCACCUCAAGUCGGCCAAGAUGGUCACUAGCGCGGGCGCAAAGACGCCUGAUGAGCUCGGUGAUCGGCUGGUGGGUGAGGGCGUCAACCUGGCUGUUGUUUUCGGCACCACCGAAGCCGGGCUGGCAGGCGACACAAUGGGACGGGCCCCCGGCGACGACAGCUGGAACUAUGUGCGUUUCUACGCCUACCACCGAUCGUUCAUCCACAUGGACCCACUCGGCGACGGCUUGUUCGAAGCCGUCUACCUACCGGGCCACCCGGGCCUGUCGACGAGCAACUCGGACUCGCCGGUGCCGGGGUCGUGGCGGUCCAAGGACGUCUUCGCGCCGCACCCCACCAUCCCCGACGCCUGGAAGUGCAUCACGCGCCUCGACGACCGCGUCACCCUCGUCACGGGCGAGAAGGUGCUCCCGCUGCCCAUCGAGGGCCGCAUCCGCCAGCACCCGCUCGUGCGCGAGGCUGUUGUCGUGGGCAUCGAGAGGCCUGUUCCGGGGCUGCUCCUCUUCCGCGCGAGUGAUGAGCAGGGCUUGUCGGACGGUGAUUACCUCGACGCCGUCUGGCCUGCGGUUGAGGAAGCCAAUGCUGCGGCUGAGGCCUUCAGCCAGAUCUCGCGCGACAUGGUGGCCGUGCUGGGCGCUGAAGUUGACUACCCGCGCACCGACAAAGGCAGCAUCAUCCGGGCUCAGGUGUACAACGGGUUUGCGCAGGUCAUUGAUGACCUCUACACGGGCAUGGAAGAUGGGACUUCGGCCACCGGUGACCAUGAGCAAAAGGAGCGGCUGCCACUUACCGGCUUGGGUCUGGACGAGCUGGUGGCUCUGGUGGCCGGUGUUUUCCAGGAGGCGACAGGCCGGCCGCUGGCGUCGGAGGACGCUGAUUUCUUUGCCGCUGGCGUCGACAGCCUCCAGGCGUUGCAGAUGCGCCGGGCACUCCUCCGACGGCUGGACUUGCAGGGACGGCAUCUGCCUUCCAACAUUGUCUACGAGAGCGGCAGCGGUAGGGCGCUCGCACGCUUCCUCCACUCGCUGGGUCAGGGACAACUGCAGGACGGAGAGGCAAGGCCCGACGCGAUCCCGGCAAAGAGCCAGAUGGAAGACCUGAUUUCGAAGUAUGGCGGUUUCGGCAAGACAGUGCUCCUCACGGGCGCAACCGGCUCCAUCGGCGCGCACGUCCUCGCGCAGCUCAUCACCUCCCCCUCCAUCUCGCGCGUCUUCUGCCUCGUGCGCAGCAGCAGCAGCCCCAACGACACCUCCCCUCCCACCCGCCCUUCAGAUUCCUCGCCAUCAUCAGACCCCCCCGCCCUCAACCGCAUCCACGCCUCCCUGCGCACCCGCCGCCUCACCCACCUCCUCCACACCCACCCCACAGCCGCCUCCAAAAUCCACGCCCACACCGGCGACCCCUCCCUCCCGCAGCUCGGCCUCGACGAAUCCGUCUACGCCGACCUGGCAUCGACCUGCUCGCUGGUCAUCCACCUGGCGUGGCCGGUGCACUUCGGUCUGGGGCUGGGGAGCUUCGAGCCGCAUGUCAGGGGUUUGCGGGCGUUGUUGGCGAUGGCGCUGGAGCAGCGGGGGGAGCCGGCGGUGGUGUUGUUUGGGUCUUCGGUGGGGGUUGCGGGGCGGGCUUCUUCCGGGGGCGGGGAGGUUUUGGUGAAUGGGGGGGUGGUGACAAAAGGGGAGGAGGCGGGUGGGGUGGUGGUCAGGGAAGAGUCGGUGCCGGAUCUGGGGUGGGCGUCGCCGAUGGGGUAUGCGCAGUCCAAGCUUGUCGGGGAGCAUAUGGUGCUCCGGGCUGCGCGGGAGGCUGGGGCCAGGGCGUAUGUGCUGCGGGUUGGGCAGGUGGUGGGGGAUGCGGCGGAGGGGGUGUGGAAUGAGAAGGAGUUUGUGCCGAGUUUGAUUCGGUCUGUCUUUUUCUUGAGGGCGCUGCCGGCGCUGGAUGAGACCUGCGCCUGGCUUCCCGUCGACACGCUGGCCACCGCCAUCGUCCAGCUGGCUGACAAGCUCGACUCGGCGCCCCGGCCCUGCCACCUCGACCCCGUCAACCCGCCCAUCUUCUACAACAUGGUCAACCCGGCAUCGUUCGGCUGGUCAGACCUGCUACGGGUGCUCCGUUCCGCGCCGGGCAUCCCACCCUUCGCCGAGGUCUCGCCUGCGCUCUGGCUAGCCAAGCUGCGGGCGAGUGCGGCUCUGGGUCAGGAAGAGCGCAACCCGGCGGUGAAGCUGCUGGAUUAUUAUGAAGAGCAGUACGGAGCCGAAGAAGUGCACGUGGCCAAUGGCGUCGGAGGAGUCAGGGCUGCGAGUCGAAAGUCGGCGGUUGUGUUUGACACGACGGCUGCUCAGCGGGACUGUCCGGUGCUUCGCAAUCCGCCAAAGGUCCUGGAGGACGGGUAUAUCGAGAAGUUCUUGAAACACUGGUUGGAGAACUGGAAGGUUGUAAACUGA